UGAACUUUUGGCAAAACAAAGUCUAUUGCUCUGUCCAUUUUGCCAACCAUUUCGAGAUAUGGGCAUUCUUCAUUUAAUAUCUUAGUGCCAAGGUGGUGGUGGUGUCAGUCCGGCCAUGUUAAGUUUUUCACACUUAAAAAACAACAAUAUUAUUAUAUUAACAACUUUCCAAAAUAAUAGACUCAAAUAUUUGUCCACAUAAAAAGAAAAAAAAAAAGACUCAAAUGUUUGUUAAAAAAAACUCAAAUAUUAAUAAAAAUUGACCAAAAUGAUUGCAAGGAUCGUAAAUUAAAACGGUAUCAGGGUUUCAAAAACCUACAAAACAGAGUUAUAAUCAUUCAUUCAUUGAGUCGAAACAAAGAACAGGAAAAAUAAUUAUAAUAAUAAUAAUAAAAAAAAAAUCCAAUGGAAGGAAGCAAAACGACAUCAAUUCCAUUGCUGCAGGAGGAGUCAUCAAGAUGUUCGGAAGGAACAGCUUCAAGGGUUCAAACCAUAGCUAACAUUGUCGUUUCGAUUGUGGGCACUGGCGUUUUGGGUUUACCUUUCGCUUUUCUAACCGCCGGUUGGCUCGCCGGCUCCGUCGCCACCGUCUUUGCUGGAAUCUCCGUCUACUAUUGCAUGUUCCUCCUAGUUAAGUGUAGUAACAAGUUAUCAUUAAAAGAAGAAGAAGGAGAAGAUGAUGAUGAUGAUGGUGAUGAUUUGACAAACAUAAAAACGUAUGGAGAUUUGGGUUACGAAUGCAUGGGAACGACAGGUCGUUUAAUGGUGGAAACACUCAUUGGUAUUUCUCAGUGUGGAGGUUGCGUGGUAAAUCUUGUGUUCAUUGGACAAAACCUUUCAUCAGUUUUCAGAGCCCACAAUCUCUCAUUCUCUACUUACAUACUUCUAUUGGUCCCAAUAGAAAUUGGGUUGUCAUGGAUAAGGAGUUUGUCAUCUUUAGCACAUUUCAGUAUAUUUGCUAAUGUUUGUAAUGUUUUAGCUAUGGGGAUUGUGGUUAAGGAAGAUAUACAACAAGUUUUAAAGAGUGAAUUUUUGUUUGAUGAUAGAACAGCCAUAACAUCUAAGUUUGGGGGUUUGGCUUUUGCUGUUGGCAUGGCAGUAUUUUGCUUUGAGGGGUUUGGUAUGACAUUGGCAUUGGAGGCUUCAAUGAAGGAUAAAAGGUCAUUCCCAAAAGUGCUUGCUCAAGCAUUUUUUGGGAUAGCCCUUUUGUAUGUUUUGUUUGGAUUCUUUGGUUACAUGGCUUAUGGUGAUCAAACAAAAGACAUAAUCACUCUCAAUCUUCCUAGAAAUUGGUGGGCACUCACCGUUCAGAUUGGGAUGUGCUUGGGCCUUAUAUUCACAUUUCCAAUCACAGUACAUCCCCUUAACGAGAUCAUAGAGAGAAGGUUGAAGAAGAAUAAAUGGUGUUACAAUAGUAAUAAGGAAAACGACAGUGAUCAUGGUCAUUCAACAACAAGAAUAGGAGUGUUGGGAAUAUACAGUAGCCGUGGCAUAUUGGUGAUUGGAUUGGCAGUGUUAGCCUCUUAUGUGCCAGAGUUUGGUGUAUUUACAUCACUAGUUGGAAGUACUGUAUGUGCUCUUAUUGCAUUCGUUUUCCCAGCCAUAUUUCAUCUCAAAUUAUUGGCUUCUUCUCUGAAUUUAUGGCAAAAAGCAUUAGAUUUGUUUAUCUUGUCAUGUGGCCUGCUUUUUGCUGUAUAUGGUACCUAUAACACUGUCAUUAGUGUGUAAUUAUUGGUUCUCCUAAAUCUUGAUAUGUAGCAUACUAGAUAUUAUUAAAUUAUGUUCAAUCUUAGAAUCAUAUUAUGUUGUAAUUUUUGAAAUGGCAGUGUGCCGAGUAUCUUAGCUAUGUGGAUCUCAAAAAUUGAAAUUAAAAACCUUAGAUUAAUGUUGUUAUAGCAAGACUUGAAACCAACUUUUAUU